AUGAGCAUCGGCCUCGAAAAAGGCGACACGCAGCAGUCGCGCGGCUUUGUCCACACUUUGCUAAACCCUUUACAGAGGCCGAGCCGUCAACCCCGGCCCAUCAGGGUCCCAGCAGGCAGCUCUGGCCCAUCAGGGUCUCAGCAGGCAGCUCUGGCCACAGACACAGAGCUCCAGGCUUCUCUGUGUUUCUCUUUGUCUUUCACUCUGUGCUUCUCUGUGCUCCUCUAUCCUCCUCUCUGCUCCACUGGCCUCCUUUGUCCUCCUCUCUCCUCCUCUGGGCUCCUCUGUUCUCCUCUCUGCUCUCCUGUCCUCCUCUGUGCUUUACUGGCCUCCUCUCUCCUCCUCUCUGCUCCUCUGAGGAUUACAGUGUCGUGGACCCGCUGGCGCCUGCUCCUCGGGUGGGUGCGGACCCCUGGGACCCCCGGCGGAUCCCGGACCAUCGCUGCAGUGGAUAAUUGA